AAAAAAAAAAAAAAUCAAAAAAAAACCCAAACAAAAAAAAACAAACAAACAAAACGAAAACAAACAAACAAAAAAAAAGCGAAAAAAAAAACCAAAAAAGCAAAACACAAAAAAAAAAGAGAGUCAAAAAAAAAAAGUAAUAACAUUAUAUAUGAACUGUGUUUCCUACUUGAUUAAAAAUAUAAAGAACUGAGUGUUUAUUUCCCUAAUUAACCGAGAACUUUUGUACACGUUUAAGCUAUUAUUAUUAAAAGUGUUUGCAAAAAUGGUCAAGAUUAUAAUAUUGCUGAAUUAUAUAAAAAAAAAAAAGUCCUUUUCAUGUUGAGCUAACAUUUGACUUUAGCACAAAAAAAAAAAAAGAAAAGAGAUAUUUUAGAACACGUAAAAUAAUAUUUUUAGUUUUUUCUUCUCAUUUUGUUACCAAAUUUCGAACCUUACAUGGAGGUUACUAUAGUAUAUUUGACACCCUAUAUACCUGUGAUUAGAGAUGUGUAUAUAUAUAUGAGGGCUAGGCAUGCUGUGUGUCUGAGCUUUGUCUAAAUGUUAUGCAGAAGUUUGUAGAGUUAAAAGGUACGUAGGUUUAAUUCAUGCAAGGUAAACAAUAAGUGCUCUCUUUUAUACAAUAUGCAUUGCAUCUGGACCUUAAACAUAUAAAAAUGGUCAGUGAAACUUCUGUGAACAUGAAGAAAAAUUAUUAAAAAAGGCAUUUAAAUGAAAUUUGCUAACUUGUGAUUUUUACGUUUGAACCAAAGUUAUUCAAAUAGUAAAAAAAAAAAAAAAAAAGAAAAGAGGAAAAGAAAAAAAAAAGAGAGAGAGAGAGAGAAAGAGAAAAAAACGAAAAGUAAAAGAAUUUCCUCCCGUAAUAUUUUUUUUCUGCACCUGUUUGGUUUACAACUGAGUAGGCGUAUUGUCAUUAUUGUGUAUAUGAGAUGUACUUGUAUUGUUCAUAAUAUAUUUUUUUUAUUCUGUGUACUUAAAAGUACUUUAACCUGACGUGCAGCGGUUUCCAGUGCACCUGUUUUUGUUUUUUUUUUUGGACAGCAGGUAGCGAGUCUUUCCGUGUGGCCACUGGCACUAGCACUAUCCUGAACUCGGGAGAGGUCCGGAGCGAUGCUUUGAUCCCUGUUAAACUUCCCUAGGCCUGUUAGGAACCAGUGCAGUGUGAUCCCACUGAGCCAUGGGGGUCGGAGUUUGGUUGGACAGUGAAAGCCAAGCCGGUGUGUGUCCGUAACGGAUUUCCAUGUAGCUGUGGUGCUAGUUAUUACUGGCUACAUACCUGGCCGUGCCCUGCCCUCCCCGUCCCAGCUCUGCUCCAAGCCUAGGCUAGGGAGACGCAGAUUUGUCAGAACACUAAUGUGUCCAGGUGUGUUCUCCAAAUUGAAAUUGUUUGUAAUAAUAUAAUAAGAAUAAUAAUAGACUUUUACAGGUUGUCUUUGUUGUUUUCCGGUUAUGUUUUGUUUUUGUUUUUUUUUUUCUUUAAAAAAAAAAAAAGAAAGUUGGUGUGUGCUUUUAAUUGACUAACUUCUUGCUGCUGUAUAGUAAAAUAUUAAUAUAUUUUUAUCAUUAAACUGCUGCAUGACUAUCAUCAUUGCGAGUGAAGAGAAAAUGUUAUAAAAAAAAAGAAGAUGCCUUAAACAGUGAAAACAAAAAGUUUUAUUAUUUUUUUUGUUUGUUUUUUUUUUCUUUUCUUUUCUUUUCUUGGCUGGAAUUCAGUAGGAGAGCAUUUCAGAGAAACUAGGAUCUUGUUCCACUCGGAAGUUUUUUUGGGAUGCAAUCAUUUUGCUGAAUGGUCUUGGCAGAGUUAGGGGCCAGGUAGAGCUGAGCUGCUCCUGUGCGAGCAGGAGCUGCCGGCGCUUCUUUACCGAGGGGCAAGGAUGGAGUUUUGGAAGGGUGGGGAGAAAACAAAAAAAAAAAAAAAAAAAGCUUGUUUUAAAGAAUUUGAUUUCCUGCUGUCAUUUUAUUCCCAGUUGAAAUUAUAAUUCCCUUUUUCUUCUUGUUGUUUUUUUUUUUUUUGAGAUGUACUGUAAGUGUCAAAACAAGCUGUUUCCAUUGUACCAUGCAUUAUUGCCCUUGAAAGAAGUUUGCUGUUAGUGUUCACAGAAAGUUAAACACGAGACGCUGGUAGCGAGGUGUUUCUGUUUCUUUUUAAACAAUCACUGGAAAUGUUUAAAAUUGCUUUAAUGUGCACUUUUCCUAUUUCCCAGUAGUGAAAUAAGCUUUUUUCGGAGUGCGUAAUGUGACAUUUGAAAUGGUUCUCAAUUGCAUGUAAACAUGUGUCUGAUAACCUGCUUCUGAUUCGGAGGCUCUGGAUGGGCAGUUCCAGCGAUUAUUGUACUUCAACUGUGAUGUGUCGGGACUGCACUCUCCAUGCUGCUAGACGUAGUUAGGAAUUUAAUUGCUUUGGUUUUUUUGCUACUUGAUUGAUUGUCUCGGUCCCGCUGUUCACUGCCCUCCCCAAAGUUGUCGCGCUGCCGACGGACGCGCUCCGCCGCCCCGUAAGUUCCACGGCGCGUUCCCGGCAAUAAGUAGCGGCAGGCGAGGCGAGCCCGGCGGAGUGUCCGUCCGUCCCUCCCGGCUCCGGGAGCACCGCUAAGCGAGGCAGGCUGCUCCCGUGGUCUUCCUCGCCCGCGCCGCCCGGAUCCUGCCCAGGAUCCGGCUGACCCGAGGAGCGCACGGGCCGCGCGGUUCCAGUCAAACCAGUACAGCCUGGGACAGCCCGCGGGCGGUUCUGUGAACAGUGUCCGAGAACUUGUGGUCAGUUUUUUGUCUCGGUUUUUUUUUUUUUCUGGAAUUUCUUCUGCGUGUUUCGUUGGGGUUUUUGUUUUGUUUUCUUUUUUUGGUUCGAUUUGGUUUUUUUCCUUCUUUUAACGCACGUUCUGUAUGUUCAAGGACUUGAUGAAUGAUAACGAAAGACUAAAAUGACUGUAAAGAUUCGUGGGAUUUUGCUCCUGGUUGUUUUAGUUUUCAUUUUUUAUUUUCUUUUUUUUUUGUUUCUGCUUUUUUUUUUUUUGUUUUAAUUUUUAUUUUCCCGGCGGUGCUCGGUACUUUACCAAGGCUCUAAUAUCUCAGUAUUUAAAGCAAAGUACAGAAAACCCUGUUUAAUGUUAGAAGAAGAAAGGUAUAUUUGACCAUAUGUGUUGUUUUAAAAAAAGACAGUAUGCUCAAAUGUGCCAAGAUACCUAAUUCCUGAGAAGUAUGCCUUAUAUUUUCCUUGAUGAUAUGCUUUUAAAUGUCUUGUAGAAUAGGUCCAAGAGCAUGAUAAAAGCUACUUUAUAAUGACUACGUGCAAGAAAACUUGAAAUUCAUUGCAAUACUGACAUUAUUUUAUUUUUAAGUUAAAGGGACACUGUCAAGUAAUUUACCAUUGAAACAACCACCCUUUAAGUGGUUUAAUGGUAACGGAGGAACGUCCUCCGAAUUCAAAUUCUAUUUAUUUUUUUUUUGUUAAAAGAGAAAAAAAAAAAGUUAAAUUGCUCUGCCUUUGAGAAUUUAAAUUAAAAAAAAAAAAAAAAAGAAAGAAAGAAAGAAAAAAAAGAAACAGGGCGAGCCGCUGUUGAUUCCUGCCUCUUCUUUGCGGUCCCGCGGCUUCCCGGGAGCCGGGGGGACUGUGGCCCGACCCCUCCGGGGGUCCCCUCCGAGGCUGGGGCCGGGCGGGAUGCGCGGAGCCGAUGCAGGAGCCCGGCCGCGGGAUGUCGGGAGCGCCCCGAGCUUCCCGCCGGGCGCACCCCGGACGCGGCGGAGCGCUUUUUUUUUUUUUAAUUGGAAAAUUUAACUGAAAAAAACCCUAAACAAACAAACGAAAAAAAAAGGAAAUAAAUACUUGACAGUGUCACUUUUUUUGUGCGUAUCCCGCGCAGGGGUUGAAAUGUGCUGGGGGUAGCGCUGCCGGGAGAGCGGUUCCCAGCCUGUCCCGGGAUGUGGGAAGCGCGGAGGGGCUGCCCGACGGGCAGUGGGUGGAUGCGGAGCCCACCCUGAGAGCCAGGCAGAGCUGCUGCCGGGGAUUUAACCCCUGCUCAGAGCCGACCGAAAACUUCUUUUUUUUUUUGGUUUGGUUUGGGUUGGGUUUGGUUUUUUUUUGGGAGCAAUUACUUUGUUGCCUUUAAAAAUAGCACUGUAACCACCUUUUUUUAUGAUUAGCUGUAGUGUAACCUUUGUCCCUUCAAACUAUGCAAGCUAUGAAAUGUAAAUUAGGGAUCAGUUAAAGAUAGUUGACUAUAUUCAAUCAGAUGACAUUCAUGCACUAACUGGAGUAUAUACAGAUAAAGCUAUUAGAGUGACUUGUAUGCUAACAGCAAGAUAUAACAUACCUACCUAUUCUAAAAAAAAAUGACUAUUAAUAUUGUAUAACAGGACUGUGGGGGUUGGGAGGGAAUGUUAUCUCUUAUCUUCUUAAAAGGGGAUUUAAGAUUUUUAUAACUGUUUUUUCCAUCAAACUUUAAUAUUUUUGUCAAAUUUUUAGGUAUUUAAUUUGUAAAAUAGAUUUUACUUUGUACUGGCGUACAGAAAAUAGGGGUUGAUUUAAACUUUUUUGAAGCCAAGUGAUCAAGUACAUUUGUAAUAAAAAGUCAAUGGAUCUAUAUCAGUCGUACUCACUGUUUUCAUUUCUUGUACGUUCUAAUGCAGUGGCGCUGAAUGUCUCCCAAGGAAAAAAAAAAUUGGGGAGGGGGGUGGAAGGAGAAGGCAAAAAAUGUCAGCGUUGAUGCUGCCAAUUGAUGCGACCUUGCGUGGGCAAGUGGCCCCUGGUCAGUGGAGAUUUGGUAGAUAUGCAUUUUUCCUUUAAAAAAAAAAACCACGGUGCACUUUUUCCAGAAGGGUUUAUGCAAACCUGACGUUUUUGGCAUGUCUGCACUUCAUGCUUCCACCUUGGCACCCGAAAACUCUGUAAAGCCCCCCCCUUUGGGAAGCGCCUUUCGCUGGCACUUCAGAAAAAAAGCAAAACCAAGCAAAGCAAAACUCUGAUUUCUUCUAAGGCGGUGAACUAUGGCACGUGACGUGUUUGCACCCGCACAUGUUGUCUCCCUUCCUCAAAGGUCUGCCACUUGCUUUUCUCUAAGUUCAACAGGUCAUACUUUUUUUGUUGUUUGUUUUUUUCUUUUUUAAGUAAAAUUGCCAAGUGUUUUGGAUCGAAGACUUCAGCAGAUCCACCGAGUUUGGAUCCAACACCUUAUUAUCCAACACAUAAUUAUUUUUUGGUUGCUUGUUUGCUUUAAACCCAGCCCUCCCCUUCCCCGUCCCCUGGGCAUAUACCAAAUCUGAUUGACUUGUCUGUGACAGAAGUUGUGGGAGCCAGCAGGGAGAACAAUGACAUUAAUGUACAAGAAUGCUAAAACAGGUUUACAUUUCAGGGGGCUCUCGUCAAACACGAAAACUCAAAGUGUAACUAGAACCAACCAAUUUCCUCGGUCUUGCUAAUCCGACGGGUAGAAAGCGAGUUUCUCUUAGGUGAGCUGGAAAGAAGGCAGGGAAGGCAAAUUCUUCCACAGCUGUGCAAUUUGCUCCUUCAAAAACCUGCUGCUUCUUACUGGAUUGAAUGGCUUUUGGAGAGGAAGGGCUCUGCCUGGAGCGCUGGGAGUUUCUCUGUUAAAAUCACACUGUCAAGGACUUUUGAAAUCCCGAUUUACAUAUUUUGUUUUCUUUCUUUCUUUUUUUUUAACUUUUUUUUCCUUUCCUUUUUGCUGGGCUUACCCAAACUUUCCUUUUAUUUUCUUCCUCCCCUCCUUCGUGGGCCGCCUGCUCCUUGUUAACUCAGCUUGCGUAGCUGGAGGGUCGCUGUGCGUGGUGGUGGUUGGACUGCCUGGAAGGGGAGCCCAGUGUAGUUUGAAGUUCUCGUGCUGGGUUUUGUACUUUUUUGCACACUUCAUUUCUCUCCAUAAAAGUUUUACUCUUCUUGGCUUUCUCCUGUAAUGCAUGAAGACAGGUGAAGGGCUCUUAAUUUUUGGUGGCAGAACAGAGAGGGCUGCACGAAGGGUGUUGUCACAAUGUUUUGACAAAACCGACGAGGUAAACAAGCGAAGUUCCAUUUUUAUUCCUGAUUCCUUCUGCUGUUGCCAUCUCCUGUGCUGCUUGCAACAAUGAAAGAGAGUUUCAGCCCGGAGCUUUUUUCAAGCCUGUGGUUCCUUUUACUCUGCUCGCUUGCACAUGAUUUAGCUCGUUGGCACCGCGAAAUGUGCGUGGGUUGUGAGCGUGGCAAGGAGAUACGUAUAUAGAGUUUAAAGCUAGUUAAGGUUAAUUUAAAUGGACUUCCAAAAUUAUAACCUUUGUUAAAAGCCUGUUUUACCCAGAGCCUAAUUGUUGGGCCUGAAGUUCAUGGCUUUUUGUUUUUUGUUUUUUUUUUGUGAAGUGGAAUCUCUUUGUGUUGGGAUGGCUGAGGGUGACAGGCCGAUGGUUCAGGAAGGAUGCUCCUCUCAAGGAUGCUCCUCUCAUGUGGCAGCUCUGGAAGCUCUGCUGCUGGAGUCGGGCUGCCUGCUCUGCUCCCAUCAGAUAGGCUGCUUCCCUCCUCCUGCACCGCUCGUGCUAGAUGGUCCCAGGUCCGCUCUGGGAGUUCCUCUUAGCCUGCCUAUCCUUCUUUUUCACUUUUUAUCUUUCCAAAGCAUUUCAGUUCCUGACGAGACUGAGUUUUAGCAGCACUGCAGUCUGGGGGAAGGGCAGCUCACACAGGAGUCCAAAAUGCAACCUGCUCCUUGUGAAAUACAAGUGGGCCACAAGGCUUUACUGGUGAUGUGUUGCGUGUUGUUAGUGCAGAGCAGCUGCAGAUAACUGAGAGGAAUAAAGGCCAAAUCAUCCAUUUUUAGGGGUUCAGAGCGUUACAGCUCCAAAGGCAUUCUGGAUAUUUUACUGCAAUUUGGAUGGUGUAGAAGUUGCUGCUGGAGGAGUGCAUUGGAAGGGAAAGGAUGAGUGGGUUUGCUUUGGGCAGGUGUGUUGCUUUGUCAUUAACAAAGGUGUUUCCUGAGCUGGCAGACUCAGGGCAGCCACCAAGACAGGUGAAAAGAUUUUGUCCGAGGGGGGAAGCUCCCAGCAGUCACAGCAGAUGAGGAGUUGUCUGUAUGGAGGGUGGGAAAAGGCUUUUGGAGCAAGGCAGGAAGGUUGGGGCUGGCAGAGGUGGACGGCCAAGGUGCACCUGUGCUGCUGUUUGAGUGCCUCAGCAUCUGCACGGGUGCUGGGGGUGGGGGUGGCACUUGGAGAAGCCCACAGAUCCCAAUGGCAGAGCCUCUGGCAAAGCCUUUGCCACGGGGAGCUGAGGGGUGUCGGGCAGCUGGUCCUGGGGAAUCUGGGGUAGCUCUGCUGGUCCCACCUCUGCAGUUUUAUGUCUGAAGCCAGAUGAGUGGUUGUGUGUUUUGGGAAAGUUGGAGAAUGCCACUCCUGUCUCUGUAAAAGUAGUAACCAGCUCUGUAGCCCGUUUGAGGCAAAAUAUCACAGAAGAGAGAGAGUAGAAGUCACACAGCGAGGAAUGAGACAUGCUUUCACAGAAAAACAUCAGCUGGAGAUUAAGUGAGAAAAGAUAAAGAUAUAGGAUUUCUGGCCCCGCUAUCUGUCUUUUGAAUGUUGACUGAUUAAAACAAGACAGAGUGAAUGGCUGGAUAUCCUCAAACAAUGUUUCACUGUCCCUCUGCAGAUCGAUACUGCUGGUGCUCCUUCUCCUGGAGUGGGGACCUGGUCGGGAGCCUUUUGCUCUGGAUGGCACCGUGGCCAGCCAAGAUGGAGCCCUGUAGAUUUUGGCUGUGUGUGGGUGUUGUCUCAUUUUGGGUGACCAGGACUCUGUGCUGGACAUCCCCAGGGCCAUGGCAGUGUCUGCAGUAGCUCUGCAGCCCAUGUCGGGCGGGUGGUUCUGCAGCGAAGUUCUGUUCCUGUGUGACGUAGCUUGGGUUUGUCGUGGAGCACAGGACCUGCUCUGGUUUGGGUUUAACUGAGACAAAAGAGAAGAUCUACCAGUGGGUGUAAAUUCAUCAGACCAAGCUAGAGAUUAAAAUAUCCAAAACACAGAUAAUGUGACUGUCCAGUCCUGAGCAGGGACUGCUUUGCUCUGGCUGUGCUGACGGCUCUGAAGACAUGGCCCCAGGUAAAACAGGAGACUGCCUGGGUGGAUGGCCUGGCCACUUCUGCACCUUGUCUUGAGCCUUAGGUUCAUGACAUGAUCCUUUCUGCAUCAGCCAUCAGCUGGGAGAGCGCUUGGUUUGAGUGGGAAUUUGCUGGAUGUCCCCAGCAGGGAAUUCUGUCUUAAUUCAGAUGAUUCCUUGGCUUUGCUGGUCAUCAGUUGGUUUGCUGUUCAUCCUGAUGUUAGCUUUGCAAAAAUAAACAUCUUAGCCCUUUCUGAGUCUUAGGCCACGUAGCAGACUGAAGUGCAAAGAGGACUGGCUGUAACACCAGCUGUGGGAGUUUGUGCUGAGCCUCCCGGGCUGUGGUGCUGAAGCAUUUUUUUCUUGAAACACUAUCUUGAAAUAUGCAGGAGGCCAAGAAAAAAAAAAGCUUCAUUCUUUCUGUCAGAGAUCUGAGAGAUGAGAGGUGUGGAUUUACUUCUGCAGCGAGAAAGGAUGGCUAGCAAGACCUUGGAGGGAGGUGGCUGUUGUGGGACCUGUCCUCUGCGUGCCACGGGGAUGGCAAGUGCAUGUCUUGGAGAGACUUAGACAGCUUUUCUGGGAAAAACCUUAUGUUGAAAUGUCAUCCCAGGCAUGAUGUUGAUUUCUAUAGAGAGUUGCUUGUAAAGGUGGCUUGCAAGUUGCAUCUGAAGCCCUGUGACCAUGUUGACCCCAGUGGGUUUGGAUUUGAUACUGGACAUGGUGCAGAGACUGUGCGACAGCCCCAGUGAGUGAACAUCUUGGUGCAAGAGAUCACGUGUCACUGAUGCACCUCAAGGUGCAGAGGUGGCACUGUCAUUCUUGCAGGAAGGUCUGGGAGCCGAGCCUGGGCUCUCAGACAUCAUCAUCAUCCCCCUGGACUGAUGCAGGGCCCAGCAGUGGCACAGGGGCUCUGCUGUGAGGUGACCCCCACGGGCACGGUUUGAGCUCCUCUGUGGCACCACUGUGCUGAUGUGGCCGGUGCUGAGAGGAGGAUCUGUAUCAUACGUGCCUGGGUAGUUUCUGUUGCUGGGAGCUGAGGGUCAGUAAACGAGCAGGGGUGAUUUUUCCAUUGCUGGUGAAUGUCUUGGAUGUGCAACUCGGGCCCAAACCGCUGGCUGCCCAUCGUGUCUGCAGUGCCCUCCAGCCGGGAUAUUAGACAUUUGGCAGGUUUUGCUCUCACUCUGGGUAGAAAGGCAGGACAGUGGUUGUGCAUCGGGCAGGACCUGUCUGUUAGGACAUUGGGGAACAGCACUGCCAUUUAAGGGUGUCUCUCUCCCCUGGGCUGGGCUUGCUCUAGUGUCUCCCUGGGGAAUGUGUUUUAUUUCUCUGUGCUCCAUCCCAGUUGCAGAGCAGUGCAGUGCAGGCUGAUGGCUUUGUUGCCCGCAGUCUCCUGAGAUUUGGGACCUGCCUGCGCUUGCCUUUUGCUCGGGCAUUCCAUAUGGGCAGAGGAGCUGAGACCAGCAGCUCCUGGGGGGUGAGUCUGCACUGGCACAUCGGCGUCAGCCCAUCCAGGCUCCUCAGAACUAAUGUGAGGGUCGAGAGGUGAGCACUGGGGUUUCAGGGACCAGCUCCUCUCUCUGUGUCAGUCCAGCAGAAGCAGGUCCACCUGUCUCACUUUUGGGCGAGCUGAUCUGUCAAUAUUUCAAGAAAUGCCAGGGCUGGGAAUCAUGGAGAAAGGAUUUUGUGAAAUCUGGUAUUUAAACCUCCCACUCGAGUGAUGCUGAGGAGAGCUGGCAACGUAGCAUUGGCUUAUCAGGAGCUGUGUGGGCAGGUCAGCUUAAGAAUAAUGUUGUGUGAGCAGCACCAGAGGUGAAGGAAAGAAGCCAGUGUCUGGUCAGGUACAGCGUUUAAAUGGGGUCAGAAUUUCUUUUUAUUAAAAAGAUUGUUUUAUUUAAAUAAUAAAUGAUAGUAGGAUCACCGUUGCCAGGGGCUGCUGAAGGGCAACCAGGCAGGUCUGAGCAAAGUAGGGACUAGAGGCUUUGAAUUAUUUUCUCUCAUUAAUAACUCUGAACUAAGCACUGCAAAUUCAUGCAAAAGUCAUCUCUGCUUUCAUGCAUGCAAACAGUUUGGUUUGUGGAUAGGUCUGCUGUGUUCAGAGGCUCAUUCCAUCUUUAAAAAAAAAAAAAAUUGGCUUCUGAGCUGCACCUGUCAAUAAAAGUCCUGGAAAAUGAGUCCUGGCAGGCUUUUCCAAGGCCGUAUGUAACUUAUCUUGUCCAAUGAAAGUCUCUAAUUGGUGGUUUAAAGUAAUUAAAAAAAAGAAUCCGUUAACGGUCAGUCUAUUUUUAGUUUAAAGGUUGGACUUUAUAUGGUCAUAAAGCAAAAUUCUUUGCUUAAUUAUGGGAAUUGAAAUACAUUGGCUUAACUGCACACUAGGAACUGCACACAAGAGUGCAGAGAGGACACGCUUUACCAGUGAUUAUCUGCUGAUAAAAUACUACACAGAGCAACAAGUGGAGGCACUCCAGGCUCCAGAAAGCAUCCUGAGGCCAAAACUGCUGAGCUGGUGGGGAAGAGAUGGCAUCAAAUCCUCUGCAGAUGGUCAGGGUCCAUUCCCACCAUGGCACUGGCUGCCUUGCCUUGUAUUUGUGGAGACUUGGAACUGGACGGGAUUAAAGGGACGAUUUAUAACUAAGGGCUUGGUUGAGGAGUUGGUUUGUGUUCUGGAGAUGCCUCCAGAAGCUGGGCAAGCAGCUGUGGGAGGUUUGAAUGGCAGAGGAUUUGGUGGUGGGACAUACAGGCUCCUGAUGAUGAGGAGAUCCAUCUCCUCAUUCACCUCUUGAGUGGACAAGUAGGUCCUGGAAGGUGUCAGAGUGCUUGGGGCGAGCCUGGGGCUGUCGUUCCUGAAGCUGAGUUACCUGGGAAGCUAAAUUUGGGAGCCUGGGAAGAAGAUAGAAUUUUGGACAUGGGGGUACCUCUUCCUGAAGUCUCAGGGUGUGCCUGGGAAAAGGAUGUGACGAGCAGGUGAAGUGAAGAGCCACAACUUCACAGCAUGUGCUGGUUUUCACUUCAGCCAAGGUGUCCCUUGACUGGUGGCAUGGGAAGUGGGCAGGGUUUUGGGAGGAUGGACUGAACACAGCGCUGGUGGGAGGCUGAGGCUGUCGGGGCUGUUCUGAGUGGGGUACGUGGAGGUUGAGGGCAGAGUUGUGUGCACAGGAGGGACAACCAGCUGCCAGGCUGUGGGCUGGACUAAGGGAUGGGCACCUCUGUGUGGAAACAUGAGACAAAAAUAGUUGUUGUAGAGUGCUUGGUGGGGAAAAAAAGAUCUUGGCACGGCUGGUCUGAUUGAAACAUGGUGGGGGUGAUGAAAAUCAAUAAGAUACUGCAUUACCUGCCAUCACACUGUACUGAGCAGGUGUGCUGGGCCAUAAGGGAAGAACACUACAUCUAAAAUUUGCUGUAAAAUCUGAGAGGAAAUUGGAGUAGUGACGACCAAACAGCCACAUGUAUGUUGGAUAUAAUGACAUGGAGGUACUAGGAAGUUUUCUAUUCCAGACAAGAAGGAAGUUGUGGAUUUCAUGGGGCUUGGAAGAAAACUAAGGCUCAUGCAUCUUCAUAAACCUGUAAGAAAAAGUAAAUUCUGUUAUGACCAUGCUAUCACAGAUUGUUUGGGAAGGAGCUGGGUAGCAUUUUGGUGAGCAAACAUCUCAAUUUACUUAAAGGAUCAUGUCUUGUAACAGCCUGGUCUACAGUAAGGCUUGCUUUAGGACUAAGACAUAAGAACUGGUUCAAGAUACAAUUACUGUUGAGUUGUUAAGUAGCAGGGACCACAGUACAGGUUCAGUAUCCUCAGGAGUAGAAGGCGGUGGACUAAAAAAAAUUACUUGUGUUACAAAAUAUUGCAGGGGAGAAAAUCAGAAAAUAACAUCCUUGGACUUGUCAAGGCAGCCCUGUAGAUACCUGGAAAGGUUACAGGCAUCCAGGUGAGACAGAACUCUGUCAUGAAGGAGCAAAGUAAAACAGUUGUUAAAAAUAUUUAUAAGAAAGGGACUAAGGACAGAAGUCCAGGUCCUGAGGAACAGACUGAAAGAGGCAUGGAGUAGGGCAGCUAACCAUGAUCUGGAAAUAAAACAGUUUUGAAGGGGCCUUGCAGAGCAGGGGACCUGGAGGAGUGAAUCCUGUCUGGAGGACAUCAGAGAGAGGGCUGGGGAGAAAAUCUGGGCGUGCAGGACUGAAGACACAGUUCAUUUCCUGCACUGGUUCGUGCUGCUGAAGUGACUUCCCCAUGUCAUUCAGGAGCAAGUUGGAGGGCCUGCCCUCACCCAGUCCCUUUGGGUAGUAAAGAUAAGGAGCCUCCCUCUGAAAUUCAAGUGUUUGAGGUAGAGAUGCUGGAGCAAAGUAGGAAAUUCAAGUGGAAGAGCAACAGGUUUUAAAAGAACUUGGGAAUGAAACACCAAAGGUACUAGCAAAAAUAGGGCUGUUAAAAAACAGCUUAGUAUUCUCCAUGACUAGAUAACAUUCUAAUGUUGGGUUAUUUUUUUUUUAAUUAAAGUAUUAAUGGGGGCACUGGGAAUUACAGAUUAACACCCCUGAACUCUGGUUUGAGAAGGAGAAGCUGAAAUGCUGUAACUCUUCAGUGAGUGAGAGGUGGAAAGCAACACACUUUCUGCAAAGAAAGGGGUUGGACCAGGUGGUCUUUGAGGGUCCCUUCCAACCAAACCAUUCUUUGAUUCUAUGAUCAGUCUUGUUUUCUGGGCCAUCUACCAGAAUCUUUGGACACAUUGACAAAUAGCAGGAGGUGAAGAAUGAACUGAUCUUUAUUUGAGUGUUUUAAAAGGUUUUUAUCAAGUGCUUCCAAGAAGGCAUUAAAAAUGUGCUUUUAAUGAAAAGAGAAAUAUCACAGAGUCCUUCUUUGGUUGCAGUUGAUGUUGAUCAAUUGUCUAGUCUGGUUGGAGAAGGUGAUCAAAGGCCUCCAAGUCUGCAUCUUCAGCCUCUGAGCAAAUGAGUUUCCUUCCAUGGUUUCAUUAAACCCAGAGUUGCUGGUUGAUUUUCAUUAAAGUUUUCUGGUGGACACAACUAGGUCCAGGCUGCAACGUCUGGUUGGGCAAAGGGGAGAAACAAGCCUGGGUAGCAUGGGAUCUGGAUUUGUCCUGUAAUGCAACACCCUCAGUUCAAAUUCCUGCCCUGAGCUGGACUUGCAGGUCUGCCAGAUCCCAGAGCGUGCCUCAGCAGCUGAUGCUGUGGGUAUGUUCUGUUUAGUUCUGUUUUGACGAAGAAAAAUCCUAAAAGGUUUUGGUUUUGAUGAUGGGCAGAAAGGGAAGGAGCAGGGAGAGAGGCCUGGACAGCAUCUUCCAGGUCUUUUCCUUGCAGGAGAGUUGUUGGUGUGUGUUCUCAUGCAGACCUGUGUUGCCUCCCUUCCCAAGAGACCCCAGAGGAUCCACAGGUAGCUGGUCUCAGCCAGAGCCACCUUUUGUUGCUCUGGCUUAAUUUUAGUCUUCUUGAAAGUCUAGAAGCCAUGACAGAUACCCUGACUUCUCCCACCUUCCCUGUCUCCAGUAGACCAGGGUAGUAGAGAGUGAGUGCUUUGAUAAGUUGUUGGAGUUUGCAACAGGAGCAGGUUUACUGCAGGUACCACGAGGCUUUUGGUCAGAGUUCAUGUUUAAAGACAAGAACUGGCAGCUGAUGGAGCAGAGUGGUUGGGUUAUAUUGGAGAAGUGACUCCAGCCUGGCCAUGGCUGGAAAAUUAAGAAGAGCACGAUAAUGUCUGGCUGUGCUGUGAGCAUACAGCAGUGGGGCUGAUCCUGGGAAAUGUGAGGCAGCAGGCAAGGGGGGGGGGGAAAGCAAUUUUUAAUGCUCCACCAGUAUUGCUAGGCUGUAAGUGAGCUGCAAAAUUGAAGAAUAUCACACUCUGUUAGCAGAGCAAAUGAAGUGAAGGUGUGUAGCCUGCCACAGGAAUCCUGCCUAUCCCAGGUCUGUGAGGCUGUUGAGCUGAGCCUGUACCACAGCUCAUUAGACCCCCACGGUGUCCCUGUGCUGUUCUCCCUGGUCAUCUCGGGUGGUUGUCACCGGCACAACCUUUGUCCCUACUCUCUAGAAAUUCCUUAGAUUGCUCACUUCUAGUUAAAUUAUACCAGCUGACUUUGAAGUACUCAAUAUAAAACUGUCGUGGUAUUGCUUGCAUGAUAGUUAUUUGAUGUAAGAAAACAAUUUCUCGUGCUCUCUCUUUAGGAAUUUGGGCUUCGAGUUUUCAGUGGGGAGUGUUGUACGUGCCCAACUGCACAGGGUCGGGCCCAUCUCUGUUUUAAAGCGUUAUUUCACAUCUGAGAUUAGAAAACAAACCAGAAGAUCAAGUUGUCACAGGCUCAGAUGAUCAUAGUGACUCGUGCUAAAGGCUCCGUCCUCGUAGAGACCUGCACGGCUGCUUUGUGUAACUGCUGUCAGAGCUCUGGCGUUUUGGUGAUAGUGUUUCCUCCUAAAUGUUCUGAGUAUACUCGCCUUUAAAUCCUGUUAGGUACCGAUAAUUAUCUGUUGGUAUUCUGUACAUUAGCUCUGUACUAGCAUUCACGUUGGACUAGGCUUAAUAUCGUGAGUGUCAAAGAUGACUUGAAAAAGGAAAACUUAAUUUAUACCCUUUUCCUUGUGGUUCUACCCCAUGUAGCGGGCGGUUUGUAGAAAUACCAGGAGUGCUACAACUGUCUUCCCCCUUUUACUUGCUGUGAUUCUCUGCAGGAGAAAAUACAGAUUUAAAUCUAUUUUUCCAUUCUUUGAGAUAUUAUCAUAGUGAGGUCCAUGGAAAUACCCAGACAAACUGGGCCAUCAUGCAGAGAUAAGGCAUCUUUUCCAUUUGUUUUUUUUUUUUCUUCUGCUGUCCAUUCUCCAACCUUUUUUUUUUUUUUAAACGUAAAACAGUUAUUCUCUCAUCUGUCCAGUGCAACAUCCUCUAGGAUAUUUGUGGUCUUCCAGAAAAGGUAGACAGGACUGGAAUAACUAAUGCCAAAAAAUUGCCCAUGGCAAGGGAGGGAAAUUCUUGUUUUCAAGACAAAACCCUAUCCAGGCCUUUUUCAGACACCCCUCAGCACACCACAAGGGUAUAAAUCCCGACUUUUUCUUUUCCAGGUGAUCUUUCAGGCCAAGUAGCAGAGGGCAGGGGUUUGCCCUCCCGGCGGGGCUCAGCCCCGGCACAGCCGGGGUUCCGCAGGUCCAAGCCCCCGGCACCAAGCUGACUUUUACCAGUAAAUAUCGGUUUAUUCCUGAAACCAGAAGCCCUAAACAUACCUUUGUUUAUAAGUUUUCCUGCUCUGCAUCUCUGGGAACUGGAGCCCGCAGGACCUAGAGCCUUCUGUUGGUAACGUAGACCCGAGUUUACAAAUUAUUCUUUUACCAUUUUAAAUCCUGCUUUUAAGGACAGAGGUGUUCCCUCCUGCCCACCACGGGAAGUGGUAGAAACCCCUGCAAAUGCCCAAAUUGCUCCUCCUCUCCGAAGCCUGCGGGUAGGUCUCUCACAAGCAUCUUCAGGCUUGGGGCUGAGAAAAUAAUUUGAUCCCAAAAUAUACACUAAAAACUGCCAUUUCUGGUUUACAGUGAGCAGGACUGGGGGAGGGAAGGGCGGGAAAGGAGUUUGGAAAUUAUUCCCCCCCCCCUCCCUUUUUUUUUCUGGAAAGAAAACGUGACACAGGGAGGAGGGAAAGGAUGUGAACAUGGCCCUUCCUAAACUCAUUGUAAACUCUUCCUCCAAGGCUGGGAGAAAGGGCAGGUGAAAGUUCUGAUCCUUAAAAGGACAUUGCUGGGUGUCUGGGACCCCAAAAGCAGCUGGUGAUUUGUAAGGGUGGGAACCACUUUUGGUUUAUCCCAAGACAAAUAGACUUGGGAGUGAGUAUUGAAGCUUCUUUCCCCACAAGUGUUUGCCACCCCAACACAGCAGCAUUUUGCUAAUACACCAGAAACAGAGAAGGCUGGUGAGGGAUAGAAAAUGAAUUGACUGCAUGGUCCCAGCCAAUUUUUUUUCUCCCAGGCAAACAAAAUGAAAAAAAAAAAAAAAAAAAAAAAACCACCACCAAACCCAUCCCUGACCCCACAAAAAGGUAACCUCCCAAAAAAACAAGUCAAAGAGGGUCUCAAACAUCCAGGUUUUAUAGUGUGUGGUUGUCAGGGGUGUUUUUGGCAUAGCUGCAGCCCAACUAUGUCCCUUUAAGGAGCACCGUGGCUCGUUUCCUCCUCAUGAAGCCCAAGCUGAGGGUUGUGCCGUUCCUGAAGCUCCUGCAGCCUUAGUUGGAGUCCAGAAUGAGGGGAGCCCUUCCAGCUGUGCACUUUGAGCUGAAAACUACCUUUCCUCCCCUUUUGCAGCCUGGGUGGUUCUGAUUGCUGGCAGUUCUGUAAUACAACCUUAAUCUGAGCAGUUGAGGCUGGUCCUACCUUAUCUUCAGACGUCUUGCGGAGGACUCCUGUUACCAGUUUGGUACUCAAAAGCUACACCCCACCAUCAGAAGUCACUUUUUGUUUUUUUCCAAAGGCAGUGAUAGCUCACCCUCUCUAGCUCUAAUGGAAAACAUGAUAAUUGCAAUGCAACUUUCUAAUAAAUUGUUCAUAUAUUCAUAAUUCCGUUGCAAUCCCAAAUUGGAGAAGAGAUCUGUUAAAGGUAUAUAUUAGUCUAGAUUUUUCUUAUUGUAAAUACUGUAAUUUUAUAAUACUGUCAAUAUUUUAUUAACUUAGAAAUAUUUAACAGAGUUUAAUCUAUGGUAGUUGAUUUAUUUAUAGGUUUAUGUUGCAGCCAGUUACAUUCUAAUGUAAGAUUAACUUUCAGCAUGUAAACAUCGAGUGAAUAUAUCAUUGGAAAGAUUAACAGAGAAAACUCUCGCUCUUAAUCUGUAAUAUUUAUCCCCAGUUCCCAGUUGGGAAUUAUUUCAUGAAAUAUUAGGAGGUUUUGAGAGCUCACGAACCUAAAAACUGCAGUUGGAUUUGAAAACUUGAAUUUUGAGAUGUACUUGGCUCUUCCACCCUGUGAACAAGUUCACUUCAGUACCUACUCUCUAUGGCACGGAAGUCUUUAUUUUGAGCAAAGGGACACUGUCAGAUCAAUUUUAGAUUCUUGGGUUGUUGUGGGGUUUUUUUGGGGGGGCGGGGGGGGAAGCAGCCCCAGUGCGUGUGUGUUAAUUCCUUUUGGAUCACAAGGGGAACAGCUCCUCUCCUGAGGCUCUGGGUCCCUGGCCGGAGCAUUCCCGCCGCUGGGAAUGCCGCAGCCUUCAUCCCUGCGGCCGGGCAGGGGUGGAGCCCCGGCCGCUCCGAGGGGUCUCCGCAGUCCGGGUGUUCCCACAAUCCCGCCGUUCCCGGCACCGGCCGCCGCUGGAGCUCGGGCACGUGGGCAAAACUGCACAAAGACUAAAACCUGACCGCUUUUGACCAAAGUUUUUGCUUUUUUAAAAUUUUAAGUCUCUCUCUCUCUUUUCUCCUGAUGGUGUCCCUUUAGCAUCAUAAAGAUGUUCUCUGAGAACCAUGAGAAGUGAUUUGCUUUCCAAGGCAGGGGAGAAUUGGUCUGUCACGUGUUUGCAAUGCAACUUGCCUAAAAAUACCAAAAAUAUCUCGAGGGUUUUCACAGGCGUUGGUAUUUUUUUAUGGAGUGUAAAAGUUAAUCUUGAUUAGAGAUGUGCCAAUCUAUACUGCUUUCCUGUAGUGUUGUUACACUUAGGCAUUUCAGUUCACUUACGAAUAUAUACUGUAACAGUAUACUUUGUACAGAUUUAUUUAAAAAAAAAUUUAUUUGAAAACUGAAAUAAAGUAGGCAGAAAAUAAAGAUAUUUAUUUUUCAUUUGACUAUGUAAGAAGGUAUCAUUCUUUUGGUUUUAGUGCACUGGUGUACCAAGGCUCAGAACCACUGCUUUCUCCAGCUCAUAGGAUGCUUUUCCAGACUGUGGAUACGUGUAUGUGUACUGCUGUGUUGAUAAGUAAAAACCAACGAUGGAGUUCGUUGCUUUUAUACAUCCCAAAGAGAAGUUCUCCACCGUUCCCUGUCUGUUUUCUGACCGAAAAGGCGUGUUUGUGAACAGUGUUCACGCGAGCUCUGCCAUCCCACCCUCACAUCAGCUCACACCAAUGCCAGGAUGGGAGGAGUUGCCAGCGGACCUUCCCCAAAAACACCCCGGGCCCGCAGUGGCAUCGUCAGGGAGCAGUUCAAACCUGUGUCCUUUGGGCUUUGUGUAAAGCAAACGCAGAACGAGAAAAAAAUCGAGAUGUUAAAUCCAUUAGAAAACCAAUUCCUUAUUGUACAGUAGUAUGGAGAUCUCUAGUCAACCUGCCAUUAAUAAUAGAUUCUUAUUUUUUGAAUGAUCUAUUUAAAAGAACAGCAAGCAUUGUAUUUGCUAGUAAAUCUGAAGUGUUUACAUGGAAUUACUAAAUAAAUUAUUUGAUCUAAGAUGGCUCUCAUCAUUGCUGAUUUUUAAUAAUGGAAAUUCAUUUCGGCAGCUGCUUUUUUAGUUCGUGCUGUUCUUUAAAAUCUUCCAAAGCAGGUUUGUUGGGUUUUUUUUUUUCACUGCAUCCUUGUGGUUCCAUUUAGGUUCUGAGGAAGAGGCAGAGCCUGACAGGAGUGCUAGCUCAUGUUUUCCAACCCCUUCCAUGAGGCUGCCCCUUCACAUCCCAAACAGCUGAGGUGGAGCAGGAUGCUCUGAGCUCCAAGCCCAGCUGCUCACCUGUGGUUCUUUCCAGGCUGAGCCCUGGUGCAUGGAGAGAGAGGAAUUGUUUUAGCAGAAAGCAUUGGGACAGAAGUAAAACAUCAUCCUGCAAGGUAACGAGUUCCUGAGCUCAGUUCCAGCAGGGCUCGGUCCUGCUUUCUGCUGUUCCAAGGCUCCAGGAACACCCUGUGCUCCCGUUCCCCUGCUCAAGGCCCAUAGAUCCAGGGAGGCUAAAGCAGAUUAGGCCUUUGGAUCAUCAGCAAGGCCAAAGGCAAAUUCAGGGGCUUCCAGCCCUUCCAAGCCCCAAGAGCUGCUCUCUGAGGUGAGAGCUGUGCAGCCCCCAGAGCUCCCUGGUGCCCCAGGGCUGGAGGUCGGGGUAGGGAAUGCCCAGGGUGGAGGGGCUGCGGCUGGAGAGCGGCGGGAGCUAGAGGCUGGAUGCAGAAAUCCCUGUACCAGGAGCAGCAGGAAGAGCAGGCAGGCGUUGCAAAUGCCGAGUCUGGCCACACCGUGUCCCCCUCCAAGCGCCGCACACGCAGCUUUCCCUGUCAGGCGUUCGGGACUGGGGAAAACGAAACUAUCAAUAAUGCACCUGUCCCCGCAUUCCCCGUUCCCAGCCUGGCUCGCACACGCGCUGAGUCACCCCAUGCUCAAUUCAGUGCUCCCAGCGCCAGAGCCCUGGCUACAAACCCAUCCAAGGCUUGCAUUAUGCACUAGCAGAAAUUUUUGUCGGACGUGGAUUUCACGCUUCAUGUUCAGGGCAGGAUUCCCGUCCCGCCCCGCCCUCGCUCCGCCGGCUGGGGAGGGGCGAGCCCAGACCCUGCUCCACACACAUGGACAGCGGGUCCUCCGGCCUCCCACUCCCCUUUCGCACUCCUCCAAACCCUUGAUGGUUUGGACAGGUUCGAGAUGUCCAUCCCUGGGCCUUGUGGCACAGCCCCGGGUCUCCCCGAGCCUCCCACCCCAGGAGCUCGCCCAUCACACCACACUGUCCCACUGGAAAUCAUUCAGCUCUCACUUAUUCCUCUGCACAGCAUAUUUACACAGGUCUCUUUCUCUUGUGUGAGCUGGCCAAUGUUCAUGAGCAGUACAUUCCUAGAAAUUUGCUUUCUGCUUUGGGGGAAAUUGAGCACAAGGUUAAAAUGGCUCCAUUUGUCUGAGUAACAACAGGAAACCUAUCUGGGCCAGAUGCUUCUCCAAGUUGAUACCCCCCAGCCCUGGCUAAUGGUUGGUGCUUCAGAAGAUGCUGGAAACAGCUGCUCUGCACCUUGCCAAUGCAUGCAUGGCCCUUAUUCUGGAAGAAAAUACUUUAGCUUAAUUUCCCACCCACGCUAUAGCACAUGGGAGUGACCCACAGCUUUGAUCCUGCUGCCUCUGGUGUCUCCUCUCCUCGUUUUAAUGCUUAAAACAAAAACCAGACUGAGACAUUGGGCAAAAAUGCUGGUCACAAGCUUGUGUUUUUAGUAAUUGCCCAUGUUUGUUUGUAAGGGAUGCUCCAGUAAUCAGAUAUGGAGCAUCCUGAGCUGGCCUUGCCUCUCACGAUGGCUCCCAACCAAAGCAAUUCCUUCCACGCUGGCUUGCUUGGCAUUGCAGAGGACCUGAUGGCUUUUCUGGGAAUUGGCUAAAGUAGGUUAUUCAAGAUAAAAGGAAAUGCCCCAGGGUGGCAUUCCUGACCUAGGAAACCAGAGCAGGUACUUUUGCUGCCACCACCACUGCUGCUCACAUGGAGAGGGGACUCGAAAGCCAACUGUAACUGCCCAGUCCUGCCAUGCAGGUGUUGGGAGUAGAGACUGCUCUGGAUUUGCAGGAAUGCUUAAUUGCAAUGAGGAGGCAUAGGCAUGAACUUGAUCCAUCUCCUAAGAGCUUCCCUUUCAGCUCAGCAGAGCACGGGAGCUGUAAAGGCAAUACUUGAUUUAUUUCACCCCAGAUUUGUUUCUCCAAGUCUAAAAUAUGGGAAGUGGGCAAAGAGAGGAGCUUAAAAGGCAACAAAAAUACUGAUGGUAACAUCAAAUAGUGGUUCAAGUGGGAAACCAGCCUGAUCAUUGGUUGUACCCACCCACAGGAGGGCUGGGAGAGGCUGGUCUCCUGCUGCAUUUUAUAUGGGUUUUUUAAAAUUAUUUCAUAACUUACCCAGCAUUCACGUUGGCCUGGGAAUCAAAAGCCAUGGCAAGGUCAGAGGGUGAUUUCUGCUGCCAGGCAAGGAGGAUGGCAGUGUGACUCUUGGGGAGCCAUUGCUCUGCACCCCCCAGGCAAUCUGGGACACAGAUGUCUCCAGCUGCUCUAGAGCUUGGCUGGGGCAUUCAGGGGCAGAUCCCUGUCAGGCAGAGACUACUGAGGGAUCUGUAUCCACAGGGCAGUGCAGCCAAGCCCUGUUAGCACUUACACUGGGCACUCGGUGCCAGGGGAUGCCCACAAGAGCUUGACCCCGACAAGGGUGCCCCGGGAGACCAGUAAACACAGAGGGGAAGAGGAAGGGACUGGGUUUGAACAGCAAAGCCCAGCUUAGCCCUGCUGUCCCUACAACAGGCUUUCCUGCACCUCCUUUUGCUCUCCCUCUCAAAAGUGUCUCCCUGGGCCAGCCUGCAUCUGUCACAGCCAGAGGAUUGACCAGAAGGACUGAGCUGUACUAAAAUCAGAAGCAGAAGAUGCCUGCAGUGCCUCUCCCUGCCCUGCUGGGUGAGGCAGACAAUGAUGAUGGCUGUGUCCUCCACCACAGCUCACAUCCCACAAGGAUUCCCAGCUGAGGCUGUUCACCUUGGCCAUGGGAACGAACCCACAGAGUCCCUGCCAGGAAUGGUCAUGGAAAAGCACCUUACCACGCUCUGCAGGCUGCACUGGCAGAGGGGUGGGAUGGCCUCCCAACAGGCACGAGGGCAGGUGAUGGCCUGGUGUGGCUGCUGGGCUCCCACGAGCUCGGGAGCACUCCAUGAGUGAGCACUGACAGUGCCUGCUCUUAGGGGGUCCUCGAAGCUCUUCUGAGUGAGGGAGGUCAGAUCUGCCCCCACCACUCUGCCCAUCAGUGAAUCCAUCCCAAGAUAAUCCCGUGCAGCUGGAAGAUCAUGUCACUCUUUGACAAAAAUCCCCUCUAGUGGGAAUAGAGAAGCUGUGGCUGCCCCAUCCCUGGAAGUGUUCCAGGCCUGCUUGGAAGGGCUUGGAGUAACCUGGUCUAGUGGAAGGUGUCUCUGCCUGUGGCAGGGGAGUGGAACUGGGUGGCCUUUAAGGUUCCAUCCAACCCAAAUCAUUCCAUGAUUCCGUUAAUAGCAACAGCUUUCCCUCUGGCUGGUGGUUCCCCGUGCCCCGUGAGGGUUUGCCCUGUCUCACAGCAGAUGUCCCCAAAGACUUUGUGAUCAACACACUGCCUUGACCAGCAGGAAGGGAGCUUGAGGGUUUCAUUGGAGGGUGAAGCAGGGAGUGCUGGGGUCAGAAGAGCCCCCACUGCUCUUUGGGAGGGGCUGUGUCUGGGCUGAGUCCUGGCAGUGCCCGGCAGAAGUGGCUGGGCCUGGGGCUGCACAGUGUUAGAUCUGACAUCCAGGAGCAUCCAGGGACCUCCCAGCCCAGGGCUCUCCCCAUCACAUCUCCUCCUGUGCACCCAAAACCCCACAGCCCAGACCUGUGAUGGAGAUGCAGCACAAAGGGGCCGCAGGGGCCUGUUCAGCCCAACCCUGUGUCUGAGCACACUGACAGUAACAUCGUGUGCAGGAUGAGCUGAGUCCAAGCACGGCGAGCAGCAGGGAUGUAGAGAACUCCUGUGCCCAGCUUUGGUGUCCUCUGGCCCUGCUUCUCCUCCCAGUUAGGGGCACUAAUGCCCCUAAUCUUGCAUUUUCUGUGGUGAAUUUCCCUUAGUUGGUGUUCAGCCUGCAGCUUGAGGAUUUCUCAGCAAGCUGCUACUUUUCUAUGAUGGAAUUAGUGACAGUGGGUACAGCAAUAGCAAGUAAUUAUUCAGUGACCUAGAAAUGACCUUUAGAUUUUAAAAAUCCCUGGGUUUACCCAGGGCCAAAAGUUCAUGAACCUAAAGGAGCUUCUGGAGCACCAAGAUUUGGGCAAUAGCAAAGCACUUGGAAAGGAGCAGCAGUGGGAAGUCUCUCAGUGAGUGAAUGACCCUGAGUUCUGCUGGUGUCCCAGCCUCCCAGGGCCAUGAUGUCCCUAUCCAAGUGCUAAGACACAAGGAUCCCUGGCAUAGACUGUGCAGCCCCUGGCUGGAAAAGCAGCCCAGCCAUGGAUUUUUGGGAAGUGGGAGGGAUUACCCAGUCCACCCCCCAAACCAGCUAUGGGCACCUGGCCAUCAGAUGUGGGACUGCUUGUGGGAACAUCUGGCCACCACCACUGCCCAUCCCAGGACAUUUGUGUCAGUCUUAAGGCCACCAAACCUCACUGCCAACGUGCUGGCACAAAGCUGGCACCACCCUUGGCCCCAGCAGGAGACACCACAAGGAACAGGCAGGAAAGACUUUCUCAGCUCCAGCUCAUGGCCUGCCUCCAGUGCCAUUGGACUGGGAAUGGGCUGGGCAGGGUCUCCUGAGCUCUGCUGGCCUUCGUGCAGACUCACUCCCUACAACAUGGUCUUCUGCCCUCUUUUUGGAUGUGGGAUGCUGAUGAGCCUCUUGGGAGAUCCCACACGCUACCCAAGCUCCUCUAAGGAGGAGAUGAACCUUGGACUGGGGAACCAGUGACCUCUGAGCCUCGUAGUUGUUCAGCCCCUACUGAAGGAGAAAUCUGUCUCCCAGGGAUGGCUCAGGAAGCCAGGUGAAGGAUAAAUUUCAAAUGUUCCCAGUGAGGCUUCUCAUGGACUCCCUGGGGUUCUGAGUGUCCCUGGCCAGCAUCCCAGGUCACCUCUAAGCCUCAGCCCAGUCACGGCAGGAACACGUGGGGGUCAGGUCCUUGCCAAAUGAUCAACCCCACACCCAGCACCAAAUGUCAGGGUGUACCACAGCUCAGGGGGAGCAGAGGGGGUGAAUCCCAAACUCCCCCUUGCAGGGGGUUGGAAAAGGUGCAGCCUGAGCCCUGGUGAUGGGCAGACAGACAGACAGGCACUGCUCAGGAUCUGGGAUUGCUGGAGGUGAGUGAGAGGACCCGGAUCACCAUUACUGAGUGGAGCUGGAUGCACCUCUCAGCCUCUUUGGAGGGUGGUGCCUGAGGAAGAGGAGGGUGAGGAAGGCAGUGCAGUGGUGCAGAGCUGGUUCAGGACUCCCACUUUACUCAGAGCAGAACUGGCUUCUGGGCUUUUUUUUUUUUUUUUUGCCUUUCAGUUGUUCCCCCUGAGGUCUUUCUGCCCAGACAGAUCCCUGACACAAAAUGGGAAUCAGUGAUUCAGAAAAAUGCAAACCAUCUGUGGAGCAGCGUCACGGCAGACACCGCUCGGAUCCUUCACACGUGAGCCCUCGGCAGACCUGCUCCUCUGGGAAAAGCAGAGUUCACUGCAGGGUUUUUCUAAUGACAUGCCUAUUUUGAAGGGAAUAACUCAUUGCUUCCUGUGCAUGGCCAGCACGUGGGCUUUGAGCUCAAGUAGAAUAUUAAUAGUAAUUAUUUACAGACUCUCCACGGGCAGCCAGUGCUGGGAGGGGGCACCCAAAGGUGUCAACCUGGAGCAGCAGGCUGUGCCUCUGCCCUAUCCCUCCACACACCUGUAUUUCACCAGCCACAGCUCAGCCAAACCUUUGCUCAGCAUCUUUCCUUCACCUGAGAAGUCUCCAGGGCUGUCCCAGGGCUCAGGGACUGUCCCUCCACCAGGCUGCAGGAAGCCCAUUUUCCCAGGGUGCAGCCCAUUUUCCCAGCAUCUGACCAAGAAGCUUGGCUACAAAAUGCUUCUCUCUCUACUCUAGAAAACCUGAUUUCCUGCCCAAAACAGUGUGGUGAUUCUCACCUAAUGUCCCCACAGGAUCGUUUGGCUUAAAUAGCUUCAAAAUGAGGUAAAAAGCUGGUUUUCCACUCUCUUUAGUAGUUAGUCCUGAGCAAGCCAUGUGCAAGGCCAGCAUUCCUAACCCCAGCCAUGGGGUGUCCCAGGCAGAUGUGGAGAGGAAAGGAAAGGAGACCUGCAGAGUGCUCAGCCUGGUAAGAGGAGAUGGAGGCGACCCAGGGCUUUGGUGCUCCCAGACUUCGGAGAUGGGAAGACAUGACCAGCACAUCCUGCUCUCUGACCCCUGACAACUUGCAGCCUUCUCUGCCCUGCUGGAUUUGGCUCUCCUGAGGUGCCUGUGUCUUUUCUGACUCUGCCUCCUUUCAGCUUUUUUUACAAUCCUUGUCUUUUUUCUGCCUAUUAAAUCUUUUUCUCCAAUUUCAGCAUCUCUAAAGGACGAGCGAAGCCAACCCCUGUGAGUUCUGCUGUCAAACAGCUAUUUGCUAAGCACCAAACCACACUGUUGUGAGUAUUGAAAAAAAUACAUAUCAGAGCCUUUCAGGGCUCUAAUCCAGCCAAGCACAAAGGAUUUGGGGAUUUCAGCAGUUCCUGGGCAGUCCUGAGCUCUUCUUCCAACCGGACGUACAAAACCAUGUGCAAAGAUCCACCCAAGUUGUGUCCAAACCCAGCAACAUCCAAAUGAAACUUCCUCACUGCAGCUGGUUUCCCAGUACCUCCUGACAGGAAUGGGGCCUCCCUUUUGCUUCCCAAGAGAUUUUUGGCUGGCACAGAGGUUUCUCACUGGUGCUUGAAGACCACACGAGGUGCGAAGGCUUCAGCCCUCACUCCCCCACCAACGUGGCCCCAGCUCAAAUGUGAUGCAUUUUAUUUCUGUUCAGAUCUCCCCUCACCCUGACACAUUGAGUGGUUGUGAGAUUAAAUAAAGGUCUCAUUUAUUUAAAUAAAUCCCAGUGAAAAGCACAAAUCCAUUCACAAGAUUUAUGUUCGAUGCAAUCAGGCUUCAAGCCUGGGGAUAUGGAGGUGAUAAUACUUUCCUGUGCAGCCUUUUAGAUUAAUCAGCUAUAAAAUACUGUGGGUUUAGCAGACAAUUCUCUAGUGGUUGCAUUGGCAUUCACAGAAAUCCUGGGUUCAGUCCCUCUUGCUCCUGGCAGUCUGAUACAGGAGCUUUUGGGAAAAUGUAGGAUUCACAUUCCUCUGUGAAUCAGCUUUCCCUGUUCAGUUCCAUCUGGGGCAUCACUCAAGGGCUUCUGAUAUUCCCCUUCUCCAAAAAUCUGAGCAUAGCCAAUGCUCUAUAUAUUUGAUCUCUGCUCUCUGGGGACCAGUGACAGGGCCCAGGGGAAUGGCAUGAAGUUGUGCCAGGGGAGGUUUACCUUGGAUAUUAGGGAAAGGUUCUUCCCCCAAAGGGUGGUUGGAUACCGGAACAGGCUCCCCAGGGAGUCCAGUGGUCAUGGCCCCAAGGCUGCCAGAGCUCAGAGAGUGUUUGGACAAUGCUCUCAGGCACAUAGUGGGAUUUGGGGUUUGUCCUGUUUAGGGCCAGGAGUUGGACUCGAUGAUCCUUGUGGGUCCCUUCCAACUCAGGGUAUUCUGUGAUUCUAUGGAAUAUGAUUUGCACCAAUUCCCAGCAUGUUUAAUGUCCUGAGGACCUGCAUGGGGCUCUCCCAGGGAGCCAGAAGCAGGGGCAGGCAGUGACAGCCACCCUGUGCCCACCAACCUGCCUCUGUGGCUUCAGCCCCCUGGCAAGGCUCGGGAUGGCUCCAGGGGGCUGGGAAAGGGCAGCACUGCCCAGCAGUGCUCCCACAGUCCCACCCUGCCAGCAGUGGUCAAAGAGACUCCCAAAAUCACCCUCUGGCUUUGCUGCCAAGACUGGUGGAGGUGCCUCAGGACGAAAUGGGCCCAGCACUCAGCAAGGGCAAGGCACGAGGAAGCAGAGACAAGGCACUGUCAAAAGAGACACUAAUUAGUGGUAAUUGCAAGUAAUCAGCCAAACCUAAGAGCAUGAAGGAACCCUGUCCUGGCACAGCAGAUAGCUCUGGCUGGAGUGAGGAGGGAAUGUGCUUGGCAGGUCGUGGUGGGAGAACCCCAUAGAUGGGGACCCCAUUGCCUCCCCUCUUCCCAUAUCCCACCCAGACAGAAGUGCCCAGGUGCUGCAGCAGGCAUGUGACUCCUGACAAGCUGCUGUCCCUUGUCCCCUGGAACCAAUUCCCAAGGACAGAGGGGUUCAUGUCACAGAUCUUGGGAAAUCCUGCUGCAAAGCCCGGGAUGGGCCACUGGCUGCCCUGAAGGCUGGAGAAUCACUGGGGAGAUGAUCCUAGGACAUGCUGGAAGAUGUCACAUGGCAAAGCAAGCCUUGAUCCUGUCCUCCCAACACCCUGGGCCAACCCAAGUGAGAUUCUCAGGCUGCUCCUGUGAGGCUUUGGGGCCCCUCUUCUCCCAGUGGGGUUAAACCCAUUUUCUUUAGGUAUUUCUAGGAGUCAAUAGCAUUUCCAACAAAGCACAAGCUUUCUGUUGUCUGCAAUCAGCUUUUCCUCUCUAUAGACCACCCUCCUUCAGUUCUCCAUCCCCUACACCUGCAGCACUUCCACCUUUUACUGCUUAGGCCCCAGGAUGCUCAUGAAGCUCUUUGUGCUCAGAGCAGAUCUCCAAGGGUGGCACCAAGACCUACAGCUGCACCGUGACCCUGGAGAAGCCAUUACCUCCAACAACCUACCCUGAGCUUGCUCUCAACACCAGGAUGGAAGUUCUUCUCUUCCAUCCUCGUAACCUGAUUCUCCACCUGCAGUCCGUGGCUGCCCUCACACCCUCAGUCCAUGGCAGCUUCCAUCCACAGGCUUUACUUGGCACCCAGAUCCUGCACAGUCCCUUCCUUACCCAUUCCCUGCAAUUUCUCCCAGAAGACAUAAUAUAUCCCUGCCCGGCUCUGGAUUAUGAAGCAGGACAUGGAUGCACCAGGGGAGCAGCACAGCAGGGGUUGGGCCAGGAUCCCUGCCCAGCACCAUCGUGAAACCUUGUUCACGAUGAGGAGCAGACAGGACAUACCCACAGUGAGCAGGCUGGGGUGUGAGCAGUGUCCUGCCCCCUGUGCCAAGCCCUGUGGGUACCACACAGGCCAGGGGCUGGUGAUGCUCUGCUCACCUCGCUGGACUAGGCAGGGUGGAGACCCUCAGAAGCCUGGAAAGUUCAAUCCUCUGUGUCCUGCUCGUAAACUCCCCUUCAUGCAUGACUUCUCAAACGCCUUUUGAGUGCUUUCCUUUGCUCUCUGUGCCAGCAAUGACUCAGGCUUGGAUGUGCAUUGUCAGGCAAUCCAGAGCUGGCCUCGCUAGGAACCAUUUGUUCAGCAAGAGCAAUAUUUAAGUGCCCUCUGGUGGUAAUUCCCUGUGCUGUUGUUGGGAAUUCCCCCUUCUCCCUUCUGUCCAACGUCCGCCUGGGAUCUUCACUGGGGCAUCUGUGCCGGCGGCAGGACGGUCCCCGCUCCGCCAGACCCUCCCCCUGCACUCUCGGGCGCUUCCCAUCCCGCUUCACUGCCAGGUUCUGCAGCAGAACCCUCAGCGUGUCCCUGAUUCCGUCCGUGCUGCAGGCCAGGACAGCCCCGGAGCUGAGCACUUGGCCUAGUUUGCUGCCCACGUGUCAGCUCAUCCGUCCUCCCCGGCCCCAUCCGGCAGCAGAGCCGCCUCGGCUGAGGAUGCUCCGAGUGGGAUCUCUCACAGCCCCCGUCCUUCCCCACCAACCUUUGUAUGUCAGCCAAUUUUAGCAAAAAUUGGGAUGUAUCAGGGCGAGUCAGUUCCCCCUGUGCUGCGUGAAAAGUGGGGGCCAGGCAGCAGACCGACCCCUCAAGCUGCUCCUCCAGCGUGGAAGGGCUGCAGUGACAGUUCAGCCACGGUACGAGCCCUCAGAGACACCACAGGAAACCAGGUUUUAUAACACUGCUUCUCCUGAAACUCCUUCUGCAACUCACUGCUCUAUUUAAUUGCUGUAAAAUACCUUACAGUGCAGUUAUGUUUUCUUUAGGAGAAAAAGCAUCUGGGAUUCCUGCACAGCAACUUCGACCAUGGGGGGGGGGGGACAAAUGGGAUAUGACAGAAAACAUGUGCCAUGCCCACAGCUGGAUCAAAAUCCAGCCUGACCACUUCCUAAAGCAUGAAAUAGGCAUAUUUAAUGACGAGAUUAAAUAUUUAGGCAUAUUUAACCACCCAGCUUCCCUGUCAAGGGACAUGUCUACACUGGGCCUUUCUACUCUUCUCUGUAAGAGGGACAGAAACAGGAAUUGCAAAGUAAAAGUGAGUCUAAGGGGGAACAUGCCCCAGGUCUGGGAUCUCACGGACCCUGGACAGAUGUUGGAGGUGUGCUGGUGGGAUGCAGCAUCCCAGGGGGUCCCUGCUGCCCCAGGGAGCCACACAGAGCAACCCACCAGCCCCUGCACUCACCACCACGUGUGGGCUGCCCACGUUUGAACUGCAUGAUCCAAGCCCUUGUGUGCAUCCCUGCUCUCUCACACCAAUCCCUACAGGAAAUGUCCCCCCCCCCCCCAGCUCCAGGGGUCACCUAAGCCACUGCUCAGGAAGGGACAGAGCUGUCACCUGUGGGUCACACUUAACUGUGGGUUGGUUUGACAGCAAAAGGAGGAGUGACCCUUCCCACCUGGCUCUGCUCUGCCAGGAGCUUUCAUUCUGCAGGGAGGACUUGGCCACCUGAAAGCCUCAUAAAUUAGGGGCAAGGCUGACAAUGCUUCAUUUCUGUGUGCACUGCUCCUGGCACUCAGAUGAGAUGCUCACAUGAGAUGUGUGUGUGUGUGAAGCACCAGUCCAGGGCUGUGAAAUAAAGAGCCCAAAGCUGACCUCUUUAAUUUGUCUUUCAGGCAGCUCGACAAACAGUCUGUGUCCCACAGGAGCAGCUCAGCUCACAGCAGUUCUGAAAAUUCAAAGGAGCUGUGUAGCUGUUUAAAUAUAGGCUAAAGCAGAUAUUUAAGUGCUUAUCAUUUCUCCUGGCUCAUACAAUAAAUCUGCUUAUCCUGCAAACUGUCCUGUGCUUACCUUGCUCUUCACUGGGUGGGCUCAGUCCCAGUGUUCUUGUCCAAGUGUCAGGAGACAGGACACACCUGUGCCCAUAUGGUGAGUGCUCAUAGUGUGACAGAAGAAAUGCACAUGUGUGUCCUGUUCCAGCACCAAACCCAUCAAACUGAGCAACUCUGUGACUGUCCCACCUCCAGGGACAGUUGGGGACCUCUGUAGGUUCUCUGUCCACAGCUGGCAGCUCCUGCUCCAGCCCACCUUGUCCUGCCUGCCCCAAAACUCGCCCUGGCAUUUCUGUGCCAAGUCAUGGAAUCACACACCUGCUGGUUGGGUUAACAGGGACCUCUGCAGGUCACCUGGGCUGACCCCACUCAACCAGAGCCCAUUGGUCAUGAUUUUGUCCAGGUGACCUUGAAAACCUCUGAGAAUGGAGAUUCCACAACUCCCUGGGCAACCUGUGCCAGUUCUCAGUCUCCUCCACAGGGAAAAAUUUUUCCUUGUGUUCAGAGGGACCCUCCCACGUUUCCAUUUGUGCCCAUCGUCUCUUGUCACGUCACUGGGCACCACUGGUAAGAGCCUGGAUCCUUCCUCUUUCCACCCUCCCUUCAGGUAUUUAUACACAUGGAUAAGGUCCCCCUGAGCCUUCCCUUCUCCAGGCUGGACAGUCCCAGGUCUCAGCCUUUCCUUAUGAGAGGUGCCCCAGUCCCUUCAUGCUCUCUGUGGCUCUUCACUGGCCUCUCUCCAGUAUGUCCAUGUCUCUCUCUGUGCUGGGAAGCCCAGCACUGGACACACAGCUCCAGGUGUGGCCUUCCACAUGGGGAAGCCACACUGACUGACUCUUCCUGAUGAUUUUCUGAUUCUUCCUGUGCCUGGACAUGGUUUCCAGGAUUAGCUGCUCCCAUUCCAGGGAUGGAAGUGAGGCUGACUAGCCUGUGGUUCCCUGGAUCUUUCUUCUUGCUCUUCUUAAAGAUAGGAGUGACAUUUGCUUUUCUUCAGACUUUGGGUACUUCUCCCAGUUGCCAUAAUGGAUCAAAGAUUAUGAAGAGUGCCCUUGAAAAGGCAUUUUCCAGCUCUCUCAGCAGCCAUGGGUGCAUCCCAUCAGGGCUCGUGGACUUACAUAUGUUUAUUCCCUGACCUGACUGAUCCUCUUCCACCAAGGCUACGUCUGCCUUGCUCCAGAUUUUCCCCUUGGUCUCUGGGACCUGACACUCCUAAAGGUCAGUCAUGCCAGUAAAGGUGAAGGUGAUGAAUGCAUUCAGUAAUUCAGCCCCUGUAACCAUGUCCUGUAUAACCAGGCCCCCUUUCCUUCAGCCAUGGGCCUGUAUUUUCCCCGGCCUUCGUUCUGUCACCUACAUACCUACAGAAGCCCUUUCAGCUGCUUUUCACAUCCCAUAGCAGAGUCAAUUCCCGUUGUCUUUACCUUGCCUAACCUCAUUCCAUGCUUGGACAGUAUCCCUGUAUUCCUCCAGGUCUACCUAUCCUUGUUUUCACUUUCUGUGUGUUUGCUUUUUGUGUUUGGGUUUUGCCAGGAGCUCCUUGUUCACCCACACAGGCCUCCUGGCAUCUGUGCCUGAUUUCCUGCUUGUCAGGACAGAGCACUCUGGAGGUUGGAGGAGGUGAUCCUUGAACAUCCACCAGCUCUCCUGUGCCUGUCUUCCAUCCAGGGUUUUAUCCCAUGGCACUCUUCCAAGCAGAUCAAUGAAGAGGACAAAGUCUGCUCUCCCGAAGUCCAGAGUUGUGCUCUUGCUUUUCAUCCUCUUCCUGCCCUUCAGGAUCCUGAAGUCUACAGUCCCUGCCUCACCCUAUCUCGACCUUCAGGAUGAGGCACCUGAGGCUCCAGUCUCCACUGGUACUCAGCAGCCAGACAGGGUGUUUUUAUCCCAAACCUGUCCAACCAGCUGUGGACCCUCCGUGUUUUCUCCUCCUGGAGCUGAACAGCAGCUGUUUUCAGACAUCUCACCCCGUGCUGACCAGGACUGAGUCUUCCCUUGUGUCAAAUAAGCAGAAGAAACCAAGCAUCUCCACCCUGCUGCUCCCUCCACCGUGUCCUGCUGCCGUGUCUGCCACUGCCCAGCUUGGCUCUGGCUCUGCAGAAGGGCAUGAUCCAAAGUGGGCACCACUGAGCUGCUCACAAACGGGGGGUGCCCCUAAAAGCAGCAGGUUGGUGUUGCCCUGCAGACAAAGCUAUGAAGAGCCCUCGUGGAGCACAUCCUUGGGAUCUCAGGAUGUCACAAGGCAGACUGGGAUUAAUCUGAUUUGCACACUGGGGUGCAGCACUGCACAGCCCAUCUCACAGCCUUCCCAGUUCUGCCGCUCUGGGACAGGCCCUUCUCUGGGGACAAGGACACAAACCCUGUUUGAGAGGGUGCAAUCCCCUCUAAAGGAUGUCAGGUGGGUAACUGCUCUUCGACCCUGCAAUUCCUGGCAAGCACCAAAGCUCAGCAACCUCCUUCAAAGGACAUUUCCAAGGCUCCAACAGCCACGCCUGGGGAAGCUCCCGGGUUCCCAGGGCCCCGAGCCAGGCUGUGGCCUCAGACUGGUGUGGCUGUUCCCAUCCCUGCCCAGAGCCACUGCCCCCAGCACUGCAGGGGUGCAGACCACUGGUGGCUGUCCAUGUGGGGCACAGCUGUCACCACACAAUGACUGGGGACAGUCCCACCAGGCAGCAGCUGGCAUUAAGGGACAGGAGACUGUCACCAUCCCCCAGAAGCCAGAGUGCUCUGGUGAUGUGACCUUCCCAAGAGAUGAGUUAAGGUAUUUGGGAAUAGCCAUGCUGCAUACUAACUAGUACUGAGGGACUUUCCCCACCUGGGUUAAAGCUGCUGUGAUGCCACCACCAGCACAGUGUCUCUGGUGACAGAGGGGACUAACCAGCAUCUGCUCCUUCACGUGGUCUUAAUGAUGGAGAUACAAGCCAGGCUGCAACAAGGGCUCAGGUCUAGCACACCUGGGAGUCCUGGGACAGAAAGGACUAAUAACACCUUGGACUGGCAAUAGUGAAGCCUGAUGGCUGCCCAGGAGCAUUAGGGCACAGAAAAAUGACACUUGUGCUGUUGGCUCCUUCCUGGUGUUGUGUCCUGUUGCUUUGGGGACAGUGACAGUGCAGGAGAGUGGUCAUAACAAACAGGGUUCUGCUUCCCAACAGCAGCAGCAGUAUCUGUCUGGUCUCCACCUUGGAACAUCUCUGUGUUUAAUUAAAAUAAUUAAAAACACGUAAAUCCAAGCAGAAGAGGGUUGUUCAGAGCCCACAGGCGAGAGCUGGCUGAUACCUGCUGCUGGCUGGGGAGGGUGAGGAGCAGCUUUGCUCUGCCCUGGUCUCAGGGUGGGUGGCACAGCUGUGUCUCUGCACUGGGGUGGAGGUGAGGAUUUGAAUCCCCAGGGCUCUGGUUUUGCAGAGGUUCUUGUGCAGUUGCUGAGCUGGGAGUGAAGCCAAGCCCGACGGAUGCACUCGGAGUCCCCGUGUCCGAGCCCUGCCAAGCCCCCUGGGAGCUGCUGGCCUUUCCUCCUGGUGCUGGAGCAGCUUCAGAAAGAGGGGACAGAAGUCAGAAAUCUCUGUGGCACCGUGUGGACUGGAGAGCUGCAAUCAGCCUCCCACCAGACUUGCUGAUACCCGAUGUUAUUUUGAGGCCAUAAAGAUUAUAUAUGUGCUCAUUCCCCACGGAGCUCCUUUGCUCAGUGCUUUACACUCCUGCAAAACAGAAUGUGCCUUUCUGGAAAGACAAAAUAAAGCUAAUGGAAGACAACCAAAA